UGAUCAGUCAUCUCUUAAAUUAACGCAUAAGAUCCUGAACAGAUUCAAAUUCAAUGAUUUUUUCGUCCGGAAAAUGUCUUACAUACCCGGUCAGCCUGUCACAGCUGUUGUGCAACAAAUUGAAAUUCAAAAACUACGGGAUGGUGUUAACUUAAUAUUAGGAUUCAGCAUUGGAGGAGGAAUUGACCAAGAUUCAAGCCAGAAUCCAUUCUCUGAAGACAAGUCAGACAAGGGAAUCUAUGUCACUCGUGUGUCUAAAGGUAGUCCAGCAGAGGUGGCUGGUCUCAGAAUGGGAGACAAAAUCAUGCAGGUGAAUGGCUGGGACAUGACCAUGGUGACACAUGAUCAGGCACGAAAAAGACUCACCAAGAAGAAUGAAGACGUGGUCCGACUUCUCGUCACUAGAAAAUCUCUGGAGGAAGCAGUUAGACAGUCCACGAUGCAACACUAAUGCGAUCUAAAACUCUCUAAUUGGAGCUCAUUGAAUGUCAUUAUUGGUUAAUCAUGUUUAAAGCACUUUUUUUUUUUUUAAUUAUUAAAAACAAACAGCCUCUUGCAGCCAAGGGGUAAUGACUUAAUACUCUCAUUGUGGAUUAACAAGGACUUUUUCAUCAAUUACAUCUGUUAAAUCUUAUUUUAAUGUAUUGAAUGAGAAACAAGAAGUUACAGCUCUUUUAAUAAAGUAAAGUGUUGCAUUCCAUAAUUUGCAUUGCUAAUUUUAAUGUAUGGCAGGGGUCGGGAACCUUUUUUCACUAAGGAGCCUAUUUGUUUAUUUUUGGUUGACGCGUUUCUUUGAAAGAGCCAUUCCACAAACUAAUAAUUUACUAUUUUCAAAAACAUGUUUAUAUUGCCCAUAGACUACUCAAAAACAAACAAAUAUGCAAAAAUUAAUAGGUAACCUGUUGCAAUAUGGAUUGAUUACAUGCGUUCGUCUGGGUCUCCAUAAAAUUACUUCAAUGUACAAUUGUUCAUGAAAAAUUUUACUUAGCUUUUGGGCUGGGCGAUAUGUAAAAAAAUAUUUUAAUGAUAAUCCAUUAAAUAUCACGAUAUCCGAUUAUAUGGUCAACCCCCAAGGUCAGUGAAUAUUUUUGCUUCAAAAAUAUCAUUUGUUUAUUGAAAUAUGAAAAACUUGCGUCUUUUUAUUUAAUACAAAGAUACCUGUAUAUAUUACUGAACCUGCAGACUUGCAUUCACAAUGUGUAUGAGCAAGCUGCUUCGUGGAAAUGAAGCAAAACUCACUGCACGUCACAAGACGAUCGGAGAUCAUUCUCCUAGAUUACAUUAUUCUUCCAAACAGUUUUCCAUUGAGAAUUUAUGAUAACUCUUUACAUGCACUUGUUCCACAGACAGGGUCCUGUUGCACGCCUAUUAACAAACAGCAAAUCAGACACAAGCACUGAAGGCUUUUCUUUUGUCUGUUCUUACAAAUAUAAUAGUGUGUUUCUCCAAGCACGUCUUAUAAGUCACCUGCCUGUAGUGGGUAGAUGAGCAAAAUUACUCGAAAUUGAAAUGCAUUUGGACGAGGAGCUUGCGAACUGGAUUGAGUCUUGUCGCAUUUUGCGGGUGGUGGGUGCUAUUUCACACCCUGGGUGCACAUAAAAAUAUGAACAUUCAUAAAACGGAGCUCACUGCACACAUAUAAAAUCAGAUGCGCAUUGGCCAGAUUUUUUUCCAUCUGUUCUUCAAAAUGGAAUCCCGUUUCGUCAAACGCGCAUCUUUGUGUCUAAUUUCUUGUAAUAUAUCACUCCGAGAAGUCUUGCAGGUCACGUUCCACAGUGGCUGGUACAUCAGCAAAAUACUCCGCAUGAAAAAUCAGCAUUUGGCGGGUGUUCAUUUCAAACCUUGUUCACCAGGAGUAGGCUUUAGGACAAACUCGGGAGAAAGGAAAUCAAAACAGUGUCAUUGACUUCAAGCUUUGCAACCGCACCCACACUUUCUGUUGGAAAUGUAUCUCUAAAAAGUUUUAAACAAUCGUGUUGGUUAACAGUGAGACAGCCAGCCAGCCACUUGAUGUUUAAAAAAUUGCCACUUGUGGCUUGCGUUCCAUGGGUUCCUGACCCCUGAGCUAUGGUGUUUAAGCAUUCCUUUAUAUUACUGCGAUUGAAUUUGGUGACACAAUAUGCCAAAUAAGAAUACAUUAUUUAUAUACUUUAUAUAACCUACUCCUGAAUGUAUUGUGGACUCUAAAUUCCAUAUAACUUCCAUUUCUAAAGGGCUACAGUGAGAUCUGUGUUCACCUUAUUUUUAACAUGUACACCUUUUGUAAGUAUGCUAAGGAAGAACAAUAUUAAGCAAUGCAGGAAAACUUAUGACUGUAAGAAUACAUGAGCUG